AUCAAGAAACUGUACAAAGUGCCUGACUUCCCGUCGAAGCGCCUGCCCAACUGGAGGACCAGGAGCCUGGAACAGCGGCGGCAGGGGCUGGAGGCCUAUAUCCAGGGUAUCCUGUACCUGAACCAAGAUGUGCCCAAGGAGUUACUGGAAUUCCUGAGACUCCGACACUUCCCCGUGGACCCCAAGGCCAGCAGCUGGGGCACCCUGGGGGAAUUCCUGCCUAGCGACGGCAGCAGCUCACAGCUGCACCAUCGGCCCAUCGUCAGCUUCUGCAGGGAUCCUUACCUGUGCGUCCCUUCCCCAGAGUCUCUGCCGGAUGUGGUGGUGAACGGUGUGCUCCAGGGCCUCUACGGAUUCAGCGGCAGCCCAGCCCCAGCCCAGCCCCAGGCUGACUGUAACCCUGCUCCUCUGCCACCCGUGCCCUAAGGAGUCUGGGAGCCUCUGGGGAGGAGUCAUGUGCCUCAGUUGUAUGAGCACCACUCCAAGAACCAGGCCUGCGUCACCCUGUGGCCUGGAGCCCGGACUCUACCAUGCCUGGUCCCCAUCAAGGCUCUGAACUCCACAUGCGCUGGCAGCUGGGGUGGUCUUAGCACCCAGGCAGAUGGCAAGGGAGGGUGAGAUGAGGAAUAAAAGACAGACAAUUUAGAGGUA